UUAGAGAAAAUCUACUUGAAAACAUAACCCAACUUUUUACUCACGUGUUUUUUCUGUUUGUUUUGAUUUUUUUUUUAUAUUUUGGUGGUGGUUGAUAUUUAGGUUGUGUUUGUUCUAAGUUUUAAAAAUGCCGUUUCGCAAACGGUUUCAGGACGAGGAAGAUGAUAUAUUGUCUUCCAGCUCCGAAGACGAGAAAAAACUACGAAAAUUUCGUGACAAACACCAGCUAGAUGAACAAUCAGACUCUGAAGUUGAAGUAUUGGGUGUAGGUUCAGAUAAUGAUUCUUCAGAUCAAAGUGAUAUUGCUUUAAGUGAUGUUGAGGGACAACAGGAUGAUGAUGAUUUACCAGAUGUCCGCGCAUGGGGUAAAGAAAAGAAAAAAUAUUAUGGAGCAGAUUAUGUGGAUGCAGACUAUGGUGGCUGGGGUAAAGAGGCUCAUGCUGCUGAAAUUGAAGAAGAGGAAGUGAAAAAUUUACAAAGCCAACUUAUACAACAGCUAGAUGACAAUGAUUUUAGCUUAGAUGUAGUGCUAAAGAAACCAACGAAAAAAGAAGAAGCAGAAGAAGUGAUAAAAACUGACCUCUCCCAACUUUCAAACAAGCAAAAACUUGCCAUUUUGAAAAAAGAAUCCUCAGAGUUUUUUAGUUUAGUAGAGGAUUUCAAAAACAAAAUGACUCUAGCCAAAGACUACCUCAAACCCAUUUUGGAACUAGUAAAAAGCGGUAAAAUGGAACAUUGCAGAACUGUUGAUCUAGUGCAAACAUAUUACCAAUUGAUCUUAAAUUACUCUAUAAACAUAUAUAUGUACCUUUUGCUCAAAGGAAAUAAUAAACUGAAAAACCAUCCAAUCAUUCAAAAGCUUUAUCAAUACAGACAAUUACUAUCUGAAAUUGAGCCAGUUUUUGAAGAAAUUGUAAAACCGCAAAUUGAAUGCAUUUUAUCAGAAGAAAAACAAACUGAGGCCAAGUCUGAAAUGUUCGAGCUGGUGAAGUCCUUGAAAAAUUCGAAGACAAAACCUUUAAUUGAAGAGACAAUACCUAGUAAGAAAAUGAAGCUUGACAGCGAGCCAAGUGAGGAUACUGAAGAUAUAGGUAAAAGGGCCAUAACCUAUCAAAUAGCCAAAAACAAAGGAACUCAAUUAGAGGGGAAGUCAAGAAAGAAGGGACUCAAGAACCCAAGGGUCAAAUACAAAUUAAAACUAAGAAAAGCUUUGAUUAAACGAAAGGGCGCUGUUCGAGAACCAAGAAAGGAGCUUAGUAGAUACAGUGGAGAAAUAUCCGGUAUCAAGACUUCCGUAAAGAAAAGUAUAAAACUAAAAUCCUAAUAAAUGAAACAUAUUAGAUUACCAAUAAAUAUGUAUUUACCAAAAGAUGAA